AUGAGAAUACUGUACUCUUUAUCAACUCUUUGUUUUCUAUUGCGUUUUGGUGAAGCUGAUUCAGGUGAUCAGCUCGUUGGAUCGAUCACAAAAGACGGCUCAGAUAUUCUCAAGAAAGCGUCCACGGGUUUUGGGCAUGUUAGACAGUGCUCAUGCGGUGAACAAAGCGAGUGUGUAGCCGAGAUGAAGCGACAAGCCACCGAGUGCAAUCGACCGUGCUUCGAGCGUUUUCAUAAGGUGACCUCAAGAGUCGACCAACUUUUCCAGUGUUUUGAUGAGAAAGCGGGGAUCAUCGAGGGAUUUCUCGGGUGUUUUGAGACACAAGUUGAUGGUUGUGUCUCAACGAUGAACGGUCCACAAAUACCAAAAACAGAUAUCUCUUCAAUCUUCACCUUUGCACAGAAUGCCCUCGAGAGGAAAGAUCCAACAUUGGAGGCUCUCCUCUCACCAAUCAAGCAUAUUCUUGACUCGGCAGGCGAGUGGGCGUUGUGUUUGAAAGAAUGUUUCCUACAAAGAAAUUCACAUGGAUUCUGUUUUGAUCGAAAGGGUUGUCAACCAAAAUUGGAAGAAAGGAAAGCGAAGAAAUCGUUUAAACGUUGCACACACAAAAUUCACUGGAAAGAUCAAGCCGGCGAUCUUUGUCAUUGCUCAGCCGAUGCCGGAUUGGAUGAACUGAACCAAUAUUGCCUUCUUUUCGAUCACAUGAAAUCCUCAAGAAGAUCGCAUAGAAAACACGGA